AUGAUGGGACGAAUCAACGACACCUUCACCAUUCUGUAUCUCGGCCUCGCCGCCGGGAUAUACUUAAAACCGGAGUAUGCUAUUUUCAAUUCCAGGGUUCUGACGGCCGCUGUGCUUUUCGGGAUCAUCACUAUGUGGAAGAUUAUUUAUCAGCUUGUGUUGUACCCCGACUACUUCACUCCGUUGAAACACAUUGAUUCACCUAUGGAUCGAAGCUGGCUCACUGGCAAUUCUCCAAAUUUCUUGCUUGAGACCCCCUAUCCGCAGUUACGAGAGCGGGUCAAGAAUAGGCCCAAUCAAGAUCUCCUCCGUUACUAUCUUGUCGCAAACCUCGAAAGAGUGAUCUUGACAAGCCCGAAAACAUUGGGUGAAUUACUUGUGACGAAAGUCUACGAUUUUGAAAAGCCCCAAUUGGUUCGGCAGAGCUUGCGGCGUAUUACAGGUGAUGGAAUCCUACUUGCCGAAGGUGAAGAGCAUAAGAUGCAACGCAAGAAUCUCAUGCCAGCCUUUGCCUAUCGCCACAUCAAGAAUCUCUAUCCAGUCUUUUGGUCCAAGAGUGUGGAAAUGGUCAAGAUGAUUGAGGAAGACCUAAAGAGCAGAAAGGCCAAUGGGAAUGGCGACAACACAGUCCAAAUCAGUAAUUGGGCCAGUCGAGCAACCCUAGACAUCAUCGGCGUCGCCGGUAUGGAUCACGACUUCGACUCUCUCAGUGACCCUGACAACGCCCUCAAUCAAUCCUACCGCAAAAUCAUGUCCUCGCCACCACUCAUCAUGAAAAUAUUUUUCCUGAUAUGUAUGCUACUCGGUAACCCAGCAUGGUCCCACGCAUUACCGACAAAACGCAACAAAGAUAUCAAGGAGAGCGGCGAGGUCAUCCGAAACGUCGCACGACAAAUGAUCCGACAGAAAAAGGCAAAGAUGGAAGAUCCCAAAGCUGAAACCGGCAUUGACAUCAUCUCCGUCGCGCUAAGCAGCGGAACCUUUGACGAAGAAAACCUCGUCGACCAGUCUAUGACCUUCCUCGGCGCUGGGCAUGAAACAACCGCCACGGCGUUGCAGUGGGCCGUUUAUGCACUCUGCAAGAAUCCCAACGUCCAGACUCGUCUGCGUGAUGAGAUCCGCGCCAAUCUUCCCUCCCUCGAUGACCCGACUCCAAUCUCUGCAGCCACAGUUGAUAACCUACCCUACCUAAACGCAGUGUGCAAUGAGGUUCUCCGGUUCCAUCCCUCUGUGCCGAUGACCAUACGCAAGGCCGUUCGUGAUACAACUCUUGCUGGGGCGCGUAUUCCCCAGGAUACGACAUUAAUAAUCGCCCCGCAAAUCCUGAACCGGAUGGAAGAGCUGUGGGGACCAGAUGCGGACGAGUUUAAUCCAGACCGCUUUAUGGGCCCUGGGAAAGCUAACACCGGAGGUGCGGGCUUUGCUAAAUCGGAGCUUGCUUGCUUGCUUGCUGCUACUGUCGGUCGGUUUCACAUGGAGCUUAAGUUUCCUGAUGCUAAGUUGGAGAUUCGGGAAGGAGCUACCGUUUCACCCAAAGAUGGGGUACUUGCCUUGCUUACGCCGUUGGAGGGGUGGUAG